AAUCCCAGUCGGUGCGCAGCACAUACCACACACCUACUCCUGUCCUGCUCACAGGAUCCUAUUAACAAAAUACAGAGAUACGGAACACUUCUUGUUCAGGUCUUGACAGUAUUUUAACGUGUUAUUUUAUCUUAUUUAUAACUUUAAUUUUGCGAUAAUUUCGUUCAAGUAGUUAUUAUAAGUUGGUUAAUAUCCAAACCAACAGCCUAAAAUAUGCAAAAGUGCGCAGAGGUGAUAAGGGACUUUGUGAAGAAUCAUGCGACCGGUCUCAUAGUUUUUGUGGCAGGGGCAGGUGUACUGGCCUUGCGUAGAUGGCUGGCUGGGGGAGUGUGUCGAAGCAAGGUCAGCUUGGAUGGGAAAACGGUCCUGAUCACUGGAGCCAACACUGGCAUUGGGAAGGAGACGGCCCUGGAUAUGGCCAAGCGAGGGGCCCGAGUGAUCUUAGCCUGCAGAGACAUAACAAGAGCCCGCAUUGCAGCUGACGAGAUCCGGCAGCAGAGUGGAAACGGCAACGUGGUUGUAAAGAAACUGGACCUCUCCUCUCUGCAGUCUGUCAGAGACCUGGCCAAAGAUGUCCAGGAGAACGAGGAACGUUUGGACAUACUCAUCAACAAUGCAGGUAUCAUGAUGUGUCCUAAGUGGAAGACUGAGGAUGGCUUUGAAAUGCAGUUUGGUGUCAACCACCUGGGACAUUUUCUUCUCACCAACUGUCUUCUUGACCUGUUGAAGAAGUCAGCCCCAAGUCGCGUCGUCAUCGUCUCCAGCCUGGCACACGAGAAGGGGAGUAUACACUUUGAUGACAUCAAUCUUGAUAAAGACUAUCGUCGUGAGAAGAGCUACCGCCAAAGCAAGUUGGCCAACGUGCUCUUUUGCAGGGAACUAGCUGCAAGACUGGAAGGCACUGGUGUGACAGCGUACAGUCUUCACCCUGGGGUCAUCCGUACCGAGUUAGGCCGCCACCUGUUCCCUACUUUCGCCCUGUGGCAGAGGAUCAUAAUCAUGCCAUUUUUCAUGCUGAUCAAAAAUCCCCGGGAAGGAGCUCAGACUACCAUCUACUGCGCUGUGGACGAGAGCUUGGCGAACUCCAGUGGCCUCUACUACAGUGACUGUGCCCCUAAAAUGCCGGCACCACAGGCCUUGGAUGAUGCCGCAGCCAAGAAGCUUUGGGACCUCAGUGCCUCCAUGGUUGGUCUGGCUUAAACACACUCACCUCACCUGCUUUAAUCACCCACCGCUUCUACUGUCAUUGUUACACGGGUGAAUAAAGUACGGCAAUUCGUUUAAUGAGCUAAUGUAUACGGGCGUUGCCUUAACAAGGAUGAUUGUUCAAAUAGAUUUACUAAUGUGUGGAACAUUUUUGCACUAUUUAAACUCCAGUCAGUUGAUUGAUUGUAUUGAUUUAUUAUUACACAUUCUGCAAUCAUAAUUUGUGCUUUAUUUUAUAUCAAUAGCAAUAUGCUGCUAUAUCCUUAUCAAAUUAAGGCAAUAAUACUACAUUUUAAUCUAUUAUCUUGGGUGAUUGGUUAUGUUUUAAUGAGCAAUUGCUUUGUUUUUUUUUAAUUUAAAGUGCUAAAAUGCUUAUGGGUGAAGUGGGGACUCAUUUUGUAAUAUGCACUGAAAAUUCAAAGACACUUUUAAACCUUUAAACUGCAGCUUUUAUUUAUGAAAUCUAACAAAAAUUGCCAACGUACAUUAAAAUGACUGUAAAAUCAAUUCUCUCUUCACCUCACUGCGAAAACACAACCAUCAAAACCGGUAAGCUCACUACGAACUACAAGGAAAGGAAGAUGAGAGCCUCACUGUGUACACUUUGAAGAGGCAGACUGUGUUGAAGUAGUGCUGAAGUGUCAUAGAAAGUGACCUUAUGUGUCAAGAAAGUGGUGAGAGGAUUGUUGCACUUCAGAGUAUAAAGGCUCGUCCACCAGGUGUAGAGAGGGAGUGGAUGCCUCGGGGGCAGAGAGCAGUUAGGAAGCAGCCGGUAAAUCCAGAAGACUUGUCAGCUUACUGAGUACCCUCCUGUGUUUGUGUGUGUGUAUUGUCCUUUACAGCUUGGUUGCUGUUUGUUGUAACAUAUAACAAGGUCAUUUUGGUGUUUGAUUGUUAUUAUUCUUUGAGAUGAGAAUUGAACUGUGUGUCUUUGUUAACUCAAUUCAAAAUGAACAGUACAGAAAUAUUCAAUGGGAACCAUCAGGAAUGUAAUACUGGCAAUAAACGCAUAAUUAAAAGUCA